CGCCACUUCCGCUGCAUGCCGUUGCCGCGGCGACCGUUGCUUCCGGCAAGUUCCGGAAGUGCCCGGAGGACGCGUGAAGUCAAGGGCGGAAGGGGAGAGCGGGCGCGUGCUGCGGGGGAAGGGGGGGCUCGGCUUCCGGCGGCGUCUCGCUCACUCGCAGUGCACUCGCUCACCCACGCACCCUGGGCCGGCGCCGUCCGGUUACGGUGGCCGGGCGGAGCCAGCCGGCGCCUCAAGGCGAGCCGUGUGUCCGUGCGUGUGUUCUCCCCGCCAGUCAGCCCCGGCCGGCUCCAGGCUUGGCGGAGAAAGGGAGCGCCGACUCCUCCGAGCGGCAAGGCGGCCGGCAAGAUGCUGGAAGCGGCCGGGCUGGACCCGGAGCUGGACCCGGAGGACCUGGUGCACUUCUCGGUGGGGGACCUGCCCAGCCGCGGCUACGGCGUGAUGGGCGAGAUCCGGCGGCAGGGCAAGCUCUGCGAUGUCACCCUCAAGGUUGGUGACCACAAAUUCAGCGCCCACCGGAUUGUCCUUGCAGCCUCCAUUCCUUACUUCCACGCCAUGUUUACAAACGACAUGAUGGAAUGCAAACAAGAUGAGAUCGUCAUGCAGGGAAUGGAUCCAAGUGCGCUGGAAGCUCUCAUCAACUUUGCCUACAAUGGACACUUGGCCAUAGACCAGCAGAACGUCCAGUCCUUGCUGAUGGGGGCAAGCUUCCUGCAGCUGCAGAACAUCAAGGAUGCCUGUUGCUCUUUCCUCAAAGAGAGGCUUCACCCAAAGAACUGCCUGGGGGUGCGUCAGUUUGCCGAAACCAUGAUGUGUGCCGUACUCUAUGAUGCUGCCAACAGCUUCAUUCACCAGCACUUUGUGGAGGUGUCCAUGUCCGAGGAGUUCCUGGCCCUGCCCUUUGAAGAUGUCCUGGAGCUGGUGUCGAGGGAUGAACUCAACGUUAAGUCGGAGGAGCAGGUCUUUGAAGCCGCCUUGGCCUGGGUGCGGUACGACCGUGAGCACAGAGAGCCCUGUUUGCCGGAGCUCCUCUCUAAAAUCCGCCUGCCCCUCUGCCGGCCCCAGUUCCUCACCGACCGCGUGCAGCAGGAUGAGCUGGUCCGCUGCUGCCACAAGUGCAGGGACCUUGUGGAUGAAGCAAAAGACUAUUACCUGAUGCCAGAAUGCCAGCCGCACCUCCCGGCUUUCAAAACCCGGCCCCGCUGUUGCACUUCCAUGGUUGGCUUGAUCUACGCUGUAGGAGGCCUCAACUCAGCAGCAAAUUUCUAUGCAGGUGACUCGCUGAACGUGGUGGAAGUCUUCGACCCCAUUGCCAACCGCUGGGAGAAGUGCCCGCCCAUGACCACGGCCCGUAGCCGGGUGGGGGUCGCCGUGCUGAAUGGGCUCUUGUAUGCCAUUGGUGGAUACGACGGGCAGCUGAGGCUGAGCACGGUGGAAGUUUACAACCCUGAGACGGAUUCCUGGUCCAAAGUGGGAAGCAUGAACAGCAAGCGAAGUGCCAUGGGCACCGUUGUGCUGGACGGGCAGAUCUACGUGUGUGGCGGGUACGAUGGCACCUCCUCCCUUAACUCCGUGGAAACCUAUUCACCUGAAACGGACAAGUGGAUGGUGGUGACUCCAAUGAGCUCCAGCCGCAGUGCGGCCGGCGUGACGGUGUUCGAAGGCAGGAUCUUUGUCUCUGGGGGGCAUGACGGGCUGCAGAUCUUCAACAGCGUGGAGUACUACAACCACCACACGGCGUCCUGGCAUUGCGUGGCCAGCAUGCUCAACAAGCGCUGUCGGCAUGGGGCCGCCUCCCUGGGCAGCAAGAUGUUUGUCUGCGGCGGCUACGACGGCUCCGGUUUCCUCAGCAUUGCCGAGGUGUACAACUCCAUGGCCGAUCAGUGGUGCCUGAUCGUUCCCAUGAACACCCGGCGCAGCCGCGUCUCCCUGGUCGCAAACUGUGGCCGCCUGUAUGCCGUGGGAGGCUACGACGGACAGUCCAACCUGAGCUCAGUAGAAAUGUAUGACCCCGAGACCAACCGCUGGACGUUUAUGGCCCCGAUGGUGUGCCAUGAGGGAGGGGUGGGUGUGGGGUGCAUACCGCUUCUGACAAUCUGAGGGGAGGGGUGCUGGGGCAUGCAGGCCAGAACUGCCAGAGACGAAAGCCCCUCCUCCUGAAGGAGGAACCAUCUACCGAGAGAGGUACGUCGUUUCCAGGUGCUUCGGACAUCGCCCUGCUGGGAAACGCACAGCCGGCUCAGCAGACCAGAACAGCGUUACUCUUGAGGAUUCGCCAUGUCCGGAGGCUUUGGAGAUUCAAACCAUGGGGAUAACGGUAGCCUCGCCUCUUUCUCCUGUGCUCUGCCGCUCUUGGCGGUAGCUUUUCUUCGUUGCCCAUCUUCUGCAGCAACCACCUCAGUCCACUUGGGACUGUGUUGGGGUGUGGGUUGAGACGAGGAUAGUCGCAUCCUUGGGACAGUUGGACUCCCUGCGUAAGGCAUAGGAUAUUCCCUGCUUCUCAUCCCUCCGAGGACUGAGAAGGGAGCUUCCUUGCUAGGGCAAAUGCCACAGCCAGGAAAGCACCAUCUCUUCCCUGUGCCUCCCAGAGGGGUGCUGCCUUGCCAAAAAGAAAGGUGUGGCUGACACAUGAAGAAUCCCUUCGUUCCAGCUGAGAGCAGCGUGUGCUGCUUCCUCCCUCUGACCGCCAGGGGGCUGCGAUGCUCAUUCAAAACUCCUUGUGAGCAGUGGCUUCCCAAGUUGCUUCGAAAUCGGUUGGAUGCAGAGGAGAAGAGAAGGAAAGUAAGGAGGCAGGGUGGAAGUAAAAGCAGGGUUCAUUACCUUCCCAUCACCGAAUCUCUGCUGGGGAGCACUGUAUCUUGGUCUCUUUAGAACAGGCCUGCUCAACUUCGUCCCCCCAGCUGUUUUUGGACUACAGCUCCCACAACCCCCAGUCACAGUGGCCAAGAGUCAGGGAUUAUGCAAGUUGCAGGCCAACAUCUGCAGGAGGGCUGAAGUUGAACAGCCCUGCUUUAGGACAGCCACAAGACAUGGGGCUGCUCAACUCCAGCCCGCCAGCUGUUUUUGGACUACAACUUCCAUCAUCCCCAGCCAUGGUGGCCAUUAGUAAUCUGCAGGAGGGCCGAAGUUGUAGAGCUCUGCAUGGAUGUGAGAGAGACUGCACCCAUGAGAUUUCUCCUCCUUGAAAUCAUGCUUGUAUUAACACGUUCCUGAGGCAUGAACCAACUUGGGUAGGUGGCUUCCAUUUCCUUGCGUAUGCCCCAGUGGUCUCAUUGCUGCCAUGACUGAGGCCAAGGCCCACAACUUCCAGGGCUGUGCUUGGAUUGUGUGCUUUUUCUGGAGCCCGGUUGCCUGUUGGAGUCAUGUGCAGGCGGAAGGGGUGCAUCCUGUGUCUGUAAUGCAGGAGCUGGCUUGGUAUUGCCAGCACAUCCCUUCAGGGUCUAGGUAACCAGGUGCCAACAGUUGGAACUAUUCUUGCCACUGUCUUGUUGGUCCUCUGGCUGUGGUGGCACUAAAUAUGUAACCCAGGCGUUCUGAGACUUGGGUCCCCAAUUUGGCCAGUGGGGCUGGGAAUGAUGGGAGCUGUAGUUCAGCAACAUCUGGGGACCCAAGUUUCAGAACCCCUGAUCUAACGCUGUAUUUUAUCAUCAUUGUGAAAAGUAAUUCACGUUCGGGUUUUGUUCAAAUAGGAAACCAGGCAGGGAUGGUGUUUUGCAAAGAACAGAAUCUAGCCUUGGACAGGAGCCUCAAGAAGAAGCAUUUCUGAUUAAGCUGUGGCCGGGGUGGGUGGGAGGGGUGCGAGGAGUGGAAUUGAACCACUUCCUUUUCUUCUUGGAAUUCUGGGGUUCAAGUGGUUGCUUGUGUAGUUGUCCGGUGGUGCUUUGGGGGCCUUGAUUUCACAAGCUGCGGUGUCUGUGAUGUGACCAUUGCCUCCGAAGGUCCAUCGUCUGGCUUCAGGGAGCUCAACGUGCCACCUUCUCAUAGCGAAGGGAGAUGUAGGAGGCAGGCAUCUACAGGCCAGAGCCAACCUGUGUAUUCUUUCCCAUGCUGCUUCCAGCGUAGUCUACGGCUGACUGUAUAUGCCAGGGGAGCUUAAGCUGAGGAUCUCCCGCCGGUUUUGGACUGCAGCCCCCGCAGCGAAGGGGGGCGGUGGUGGCUUUUAGUCCAACAAACCACUGGAGAGCCUUGUAUACACGCAUUCAGUUUUUACAUGGGCUGUUUCCCCUGGAUUAGGUUUCGUUUUCCAAACUCAGCCUAGGUUGAUAGUGUCAGCUUGCCUUUCAGUCUGGUGUGUGCUGCCUACCUGUAUCGCCCAGAUAUUCUCAACACUAUCAGCUUGCCAAACUAUGAGCUGGUAAGAGGCAGACCAAGUGGCAGCCUCAAAGCCAAAUAAUAGGUUCUGUCGGGGGGGGGGUGUAGUGUGAGAGAGAGCACACACACACACACACACACACACACACGGAAGCUUGACAGCUGAGGGUCAUCUUUCUACUUCUGUCUCUAGCACUUUCCUGCUGGGUGUCCCCUGACUGGUUCCCUCCCAGUUUGCACAAAGGUAGAAAGGCCCGGUGCCUUCCUUGGCACGCCUUGCUCUCUCUAGCCUGGAGUGGAGUGGCCAGUUUCUGCCUUAAAUUGCUUUUGAAUGACUCCUGAAACAAGGUUCUGAAUAGCUCCUGCCACUUAGUCCCUUUGUCUGCAAAAGAGACGUAAUUAUCUGAAUGAGGACAAAAGUAGACAACUUUGAAUCCCCUGCUUGGCAUGCCAGGUGCAUUUAAUCGAAAGCAUCGGUGGGGUGGGGGCUGAUCUGCAUCUGGACUGGGGGAGAGGGGUUUAACCUCCUCCUGCACUGUGCACCCCCGCCCCGAAAAUUAGCUCACCACUAUCUGCAGCAAAUAACCUGGGGCUCAUCUUCAGGGGCAAAGCUGUGGUGGGAGGUGGGAGUGAGCUGAAAAUGUCCUCCGGCCACAUGGCUGAUCUGAACACACCCCUUGUAGCUGCUUUUGAGUAAACCAAAUGCACAGGCUUCAAAGGCACGUUUGAAGGAGCCUGGCUUGGCCCUGAAUCUUCUCACACAGCCAUCUCUGAGAAGCCUGUUCAGUUGCAAGUGCCCUUUGGGGGCCAUUGCUUGAAUGUGUCAUCUUCCAGCUCAGCCCCCUUCUGCUGGUCUCUUCAGUCACAGGGCGGGGGGCAGAGGGAGUGGAGGCUUCUUAACCCAAACUUAAGCCUAGAUGCAAGGCAGCCUGGAGUUAGGAGGUGGCUCACACUUUAUGUAGUCCUUGUUUUCCUCUCACUCUGGUGCCUCCAAGUGCAUGAAGGGAGGAGUAGGCCGAUACUCCUAGACCUGUCACGGAGAUGCGUGGAGGAGCUGCUGCUGCUCAUGAAGGCUCACUUGGCCCUUCAAGAAAAUAGUUUUGCCUCCAGAUGAAAGUCGGCCGAUGGCCCAGGUCGGUCCAGAAUCCAGAGUGGCUUCCUCAGCAUCCCAGCAAGCCUCUCCAUGCAGGUAUAAAGACCAAUGGGCGUGAAUGUGAAAUAAUGUGCUAAGAACAUGCCUGCCGCUGCCGCCUCCUGUGUUUUGUGGGUGCAACCUCUAGGCAGAGGAGAGGGUAGGUGAAGAGAUCUCAGUCCUCUCUAGUCCAAACAUAUCCAUAUUGGGAGGAAAAUGUUUCUCAGCUGGUCAGUAAUUCUUUCCCUUUCGUAAAUGUGACUUGUCUUCAAGGUAGCUUGCCCUACACACCUUAUUCUCCGUCAGUUCUUUGUUGAAACACUAGUUCUUCCAUAACCCUUUGUGAAUAAAUGUUCAGGUCCGUUGUGUC